AUGAGCGAAACGAUCCACAACGGUGGGAGCAAUGAUCAUAACGAACUGCUUGCAAGCCUGGAUGCUGCACUCUUGGUCGCCAUGGACGUGGAAGAACUCCCCACAGCACACAUAAAGGGAGAGAAGAAGGUUGCGGAUCCCUACGAGGACUUUGAUUUCCUGCUCUCCGAGAACUCGCAGUCUCUCUCGGACUCUGCCAGCAAGGCUUCUGAUGACCAUCCUGCCGAGGCUGACAAGGCGGAGAAGGAUGAGGAGGCUGCUGCCGUGCGAGCUUCCCCUAGCCAUGGCGACCGACCACCCACGCAGGAGACGACACAAGAAAGGUUCAGGCUGAACUUGUCCAUCGCUGACGUGGUAAACCUGCCGAUAAACUCACGGAGCGCCGGGGAGUUCUACGUGGAGAUAAGGGUGUUGGCGAGAGGAAAGUUCGAGAGGAAGAGCAACAAGCUAGUGCGCACGUCUCGUGUCAAGAAGACUUGGUCGCGCGAGAAGAAAUCGCAUGCUCAGUUCGAUGGAGAGAAGUUUCAAAUCUCCGCCUCGCGCUCAGACGCCUUCGUCUUCAUCCUCUGGGAGUACAACAGCCGAGGAGCCGACGUCAAGAACGGAUUUGCCAAGGUCUUUGGGUAUGACCUUGUGCCAGGCGGCGAAGGCAGCGAACGCGAUGGCGAGCUCGUGUACAGUCUGUCGUUACGAGCCUCACAGGAUGCUGAACUGUGCGGUCCCGAUGGCUUCACAACGAAGGUGGAGAUUCACGUCGACAGCAUCGAAAUCCUUGAGGCUUCCUCCUCUCCCUCGAAGAAUUCUCCCAACUUCCUGAGGCUGCCGAGGAAGGUUGUUGGCAGCCCUGCCGGCGAGCAGAAGGAGAGGAGCUCGAAGAAAGUGAACAGCUCUCCUCCCGCUCCCAAGAACGAAGGGAUUGAGACGCGACCGACCAGCGCGCGGCUGGUCAAACUUUCUGCUCCUCAUCCAGUGAGCCCCGAAGCCCGUGAAGGCAGGGACUCAGAUGCAUCCAAGGACAAGGAGAUCGAAGAGCUCAAGAGCCAGCUGCAUGAAGUUUAUUCUCACCUCAAGGAGCUGCAGGUCAAGGUUGAGAGCCGCUCGCAGUCGCACUCGAUAGCAGAGAAGGCAACAAGAGAGGCGAUCAAACGGCUCGAGCAGAGCGAGGAGGAGAACAGUCAGCUUCGGCGAGACAAUGAUCUCUCACAGAAGCGCGUCCUCCAGCUCGAGAACCAAGUAGCCCUGAUGGAGCAGGAACGUGCUGCCAUGGGUCUGAGUCUUUCCAAGCUGGACAGCACGCUGAUCUGGUCGCAUGCGAACCUCCAUCCAUCAAGGACCACGGAGGUGCUCUUCAACCGCCUCCUCUUCCUCCUUUCCUGA